AUGUAACAAGACCAUUAAUAUGAAAAUACAUACUACUAACCAAAAGCACUCAAUAUGCAUCUCAGAUUAACUAGUAAACCCUUUCUCUUACCCCAAACAGAAGCCAGCACUCACCGCUUUUCCUAAAUAGACUACAUUACAGAACCCACUUCGAGCAUGGUAGAUCCUCAAGGACCUUAAACUGAUAGAACGCAGAUCAGGAACAAUAGAUAGAUUGUUAAACAAAUCAAACCUGCUAGAAUCGAACCUGAAUCCAAUAUUCUAAAUGAAGAGAAGAACAAACUAUAAACUAAGUUCAAUUUACUAGACUCCUUCACCAUUAGGCAUUCCUAACACCAAUUACAAAUUAAAAAUGAAAUCAAACAAGAUGUUUUAUAGAGGAAGUUUAGUGAGCAAAAAAUAGGAUUUAAAGUUUAGUAAUUGGAUGAAGAACAAGAGUCCCAUUUAAUCCUUAGAAGAAAUCAGUUCUUUUACACCUCUUUAAGAAUAAAAGAUCGCUAUUCCCCAUUGACUCUUCAAAUAAGAAUUAAACAGGGUGAUCAAAAUACAAGAUUGAGAAUAUUUGCAUCACCCAAAUUCAUCUAGCCAAAUCGCUUUAAUGCUUCGGUUGAAGUUAGCGGAAGGUAAUUAAAAUAUACCUCCAACUCUGAACUCUUUUAGGAAGAAACUCUAUAUGUGGCAAUCUUGGCACUAAACGAACUAUCUAUUGGUAUUAACAUUGAAUUUGGAAGACCAACUACUAAAAGAGUUGUGUAGAGAGAAAGAAAAGAGAAAUCUGUUCAUGAAUUUCCUCCUGAUUUAGAACUUCAAAUAGAAGAAAUUAUGAUGAGGAGAAGACUUCGUUAUGCGAAUUAAUAGAAUUAUGUAGAGCUGAAUAAAUGUUCCUAAAUGUCUCGUAGAACUCUAGAAAAACCUUAAACUCCCAAACAUUUGGAAAUCAAGCAAAAAAUUAGAACACUUAAAGUUGAGCAAAACUUAAAAAGAAUGGCUUAAUUGUAAGUUCAUGACAUAGCCUAAUAAAUCCAUAGAAAAUAACUAGAACUGUAAAGAGAAAUAAAACAUAGAGAAUAUGUCUAAAAGUCUUGGUUUAAGAUUGUUUGUUUAAUCAAUAUUUUAGCUCCUGGCAUAAAUGAAUUUAUAGAACAUCAAAGAUAAUUGGUGGCUAAAAACAUGAAAAAAUAGAUCUCUUUAAUCUAAUUAUUAAAUAAAAUUAAAAAAAAAGUAGAAAAAUUCGGGCCAAAUUGCAAAUUAAGGACAAUUUUGCAAGGAAAAUAUUGUUUACAAUUGGUUGCGAAUAAUUCAAGGAUGAAGGCUAAGAAAAGAGCUCAAACGAUAAUUACACAAAUGUUGUAAAACAACAUUACUUGCUUUAUUACUGAGAGCAAAGGCACUCAUGUUGUCAAUUUAAUAAAGAAAUGCGUGAAUCGAUUAGUGAAGCACAAAAUCAGUAGAAUUGAGUUUAUGAGCAAUCUCAAAUUAUACCUGAGUGUCUAGUAUAAGCAGUUGUAUCAAAUAGCCCUUAGGUACAGUAAAUAAAGUGAUUCAGCUAAGAAUAAAAGAGAUCCUAUACAUUUUCUCUUAUAUGAUGCUUCCUUUCUGCAUUAAAUGACUAAGAAAUUGUUAAGUCAUGUGUUUGAAAAGUGGAAUAAGAACUUCAUUACUUUUAGAAAUGCUACAAAAGAAGAAAGAGAAAAAUAAGGCAAAAAAGGAAUAGCCCUAUUUUGGCAGCCUCCAAAACUUUUCGAAUUACCUCAGGAUAUAGUAGUUAGACUUUUCUUGUUUGAAGAGCUUGAAAAGAGAGGACUAAUAACUGGAGAAUAUAAAGAAUGA